AUGAGCACGCCGACGCAAUUUUGCAUACCAUCGAUCUGUGCCGAAGAGCUGGCAUCGCGCCUAGAGACCGAAGUCGUUCGCCGACAGGACGAAACUCCUCCACCUAAAUUCCAACAGCCAAAUCCACAGCAGUCUUAUGAGUAUAUCUGCGAAGUAGAGCAUGCAAAGCGGUCAGCGAAAGAGGUGGAUGAGAUUCGAGAGGCAAUCGAAGUGCCUUCAUACUGGGAGUGUGAAGCUCGGCAUCUGUGUGCAGAGCUGUUAACGCAGAUAUUUCAAGAGCACUGUAUGGCAGACUGGAAACGCACAAGACACAACAUUGCACGGCGGUUGCAAAGAGCCGGAUAUAGUCGGGAUCGAGUACGAGCGUGCCGACAGUCAAUUGAAGAUCAGAACUACUGGAAAGACGAGGCAGAUCAGCUCCGUGUCGACUCCGCUUUGCAGGAAGGGAAACUGAUCGCGACGUUCUUGGCGAAGGGAGACACGCAAAGGCACUGUAACAAAGAAGCAAAUGGACGAGGGAGCUUGCCGCAGGGGAGACCGCACAGGCAGAGAGAUACAGAUCUUUCUGUCUUUGUCGUCAUUUUUGGAAAUAUUACAGGCUCGACGAACUUCGCUAAGAUCCCAACGAACAAGAGAUAUGAGUUCUGUCGACCGCAAAGCAGUGAAGGGCCGCAAGCUGAGUGGAGAGGCGCGCAAACAUGCAAGCUCUUUGGGCCAUUCCUUGGUCUAGCUUUUGGAGAAAAUAUGUUUUCGCCUGACGGUUGGAUUCUGGGGUCGUCGGACGAUCCCGAUGUUUGCGACAUACAACUCGCCAAAGAUAACAGGAGUGGUAUUAGUCGACGGCACUUGAGGAUCGACCUCUCACCGGGUUCGCAUAACCCUCGAUUCACUAACAUCUCGAAAAACCCUGUUCAAGUACAUGUCGAUGCAGAUGAGCGCAAGCGGGACCGUACCGUUGUGCUUAACCAGACGGAUUCCCUGGAACUCACUUCACCAAUCACUAUCGACCUAGGCGAAAUCACAUUUCGGGUUUGGCAGCCCAGUCUCUCGGCUUCAGGCAAGAGAAAUUACAGAGCGAACGCCGAGAAAUUCAGCAAGGAAUUCAUGGAGUCUUUGCCAAGGCCUUCUGGAUAUACCGACCCGUCUGUGGGUGCGUCCACGUUCCACGUAAGGCUUGGCCAACACAAAGCAGUCUACAAACUUGAACAGACUGGAACAUCAAGUGCAGGCACGUUUGCAUCUGUCAUGAGGGUGAACGAGCUGCACUCUGGCGAAGUCUUUGCUGCGAAGGUGCCGCACUUCAAAAUGGCAGAUAGCGCAGGCUUGGUUCGAAAGCGUUGGGAGUCCCUAACACAAGAGUUCAAGAACUUGGCCAGUCUUCGGCAUCCACACAUAGUCGAGACCAUAGAAGUCGUGACAGGAUGGCACAUGAACGAACCACCGUGGUUGAUCAUGGAAUGGAUUCCGUGUGAUCUCACUUCAUUCGAUCUUGAUCGCCGCGACAGUCCCAAGCUUUUGCUUCACCUCGCGAGUGGACUCAGCUUUAUGCAUUCGAAAGGUUUCACGCAUCGAGACCUUAAACCAGACAACGUCUUGGUGGUACAGCACGGACAACGAUUGUUGACUGCAAAAAUUGCCGACUUUGGAACAGCGAAGUUCGAUGCCUUGGGUAGCAUGAAAACAUACGCCGGCUCAAGUAUAUACGUGGCUCCAGAAUUCUGGACGCCGGAGACGCGCUACACGAACGCCGUCGACAUGUGGUCUUUAGGAAUCAUCGCUACUCAGUACCUCACCGAGUACGACGCGCGUUCGAACGCAUGGUCAUCCGAUUGCCCCCCAAGCAGAAUUCAGCACGAAAGCUGGAUCCGUAGACUUACCGAAUCACAUGUUGUCACCGCGACGAUGAAUGUCCGGCUGUUGCUGGAAGGCUUGUUGUGCGAAGAUUCGACCAAGCGGUGGCGUGCGGUCGAGACUGAGAACUGGCUGAAGGACAUGCUGGACGAAAACCCAAAGACGAGUGAUGGACAAGAUACAGUCAGGGCGGGAAAAGAUAAUGAGGUUGACGACGCUUGA